UGUCUCCAGCUGUACCUACUGAGAGAGAGAGAUUGAGGAUAUGUGAAAAGUGGCAUGUGUAAAGCUGGGUUGCUGGGUUCUCCCCACCAUGGUUUCUCAGGAAUUUCUGACAGAAAAUGGCAGAAAAAAUCUUAGAGAAGUUAGAUAUUCUGGAUGAGCAGGCAAAGAUACUCUUGGCCAGAAGAGCAAAGAAAAACACGCUUCAGAGUCAAGGAAAGAAAAACACUUCAGUUACACCCCUGACGUUUGACUUUCAGUUAGAAUUUGAAGAGGAUAUUGUUCCAUUCAUCUCUAAGAAAGUACCCAAGAUCACAGGAGACAAUUUAUACAGUAUUAAAAAAGGGAAAAGGUAUGUCUUCUUCAAAAAUGAACCUGAACCUAGAAAGAGUGAUUUCAAAAAGUUAAAUUUAAGAUCACACUUUAUACCAACAAAUAUAAAAAAUCAAGAAAGCAAGUCAAUAGAGCCUGUGAAAGAAAAUCUGAAAUCAAGAUCAUUUAGACCUUUCCUUUAUCUUAAGGAUACAACUGAGAAUACACAACCAUGUAGAAGAACACUGGGUCCUACAGUCAUUUCUCCUGUACGCAGGAUUCAAUCCAAAGCUUAUAAGAAGGAAAAAGACUCUACUUUAUUUUCAGCUCAAACUGAAAAAAAUCCUGGGGAAUCAUUUGAUCUGGCUGGUCACUCAGAAGAUUAUGUCAGUAAAAGAAGAAAAUCUGCCUCACAGAUGGAUGAUUUUAGCACAGAAGAAAACAAAACCAUCAAAAAUCAUCAAUUAACUGAAUACUGUUCUAUAAGAAAGAAAAGCUUGCUUCCCUUGUGCUUUGAGGAUGAGCUGAAAAAGCCAAAUGCCAAGAUAAUCAACACUAGUCCACCAAAGACAGUAACUUCUCAUGUGGAACAAAAUGACACAAAUCCCAUAAUUUUCCAUGAGACUGGAUAUGUACAAAUGUUACUUUUGACAAAAAAUAGGCUUCCUCUCCAUCGUAUGGAAAAGGAAAACAUUUACCCAUAUAAGGGAGCAGAUUUUGUUUUAGAAAGAAAUUAUGAAAUCCUCAAAUCUUUAAUUAGUGAUCAAUUUAUUAUAUCUUCCAAACCUAAAAGAAUUAUGCCUACAACAUGGAAAAGAGAUAUACAAGCAAUAUCUUUUGAAGUGGGCCGUAGAGUUGUAGAGGGUAAACUAAGGAAGAAAACUAAUAAGGAGACACUUGAAAACAUAUCCUGGAGUAAACUCUAUAAUUUCUCACAGACUUUUUCCAGCCUAACAAAAAAAUUUGUUGGCUUCUUUGAUGGAAGUGUUAUUCAAGAAAUGAGUGCUAGACAUGGAAACUUUGAAAGAAUGUUUUCUACAAUAAAACCAAGGAGCAAAUUCAGUGCCUCACCUGUCAAACAUUGCUCAAAGCCUUUAAAAAAUAUACUCGAAGUCCAUAAAUUAAAUAAUGUAACACCAAUGGAUGAUUUGUUAAACUAGUGAAAUGAAAAUUAGACACCUCAAAAAAUAUUAUAUAGAGCAAUAUUUAAGUAACAAAAAGCAAAUAACGAAGUUCCAAGAUCAUCGACGAAACUCUUACCAAAAUAAUGUUUGAACGGAUGGUGUAAGAAAGCAAAACAUUGACAUUGGAACUACAAGCCAACAGUCUUCUGUUCAAGAAAAGCCAACAUUUUUAGUAAAUAAAAGGACAAAAUUAGGAAAUAAUUAUCAACAAGAAAAAUUAGCUCAUGAAUUUUUAUGAUCUAAAUUAGAUUCCUCAAUCGUCAGCAUGUCUAUGGUCAAGUCUCAUUUGGGACCAAGAAUGACA